AGUUCUCUGAUUCGUAGAUUUAACGCGAUCACGUGAAACGCACGAGGUUAAAACAGCGCAUGCGCAGAACGAACAUUGCCGAUUCGUCGGCGACCUGCUGUCAGAUGAACGAGACACCGGUCCACAAGUCAGACGCAGUUGGAACGAGGACUAGGUUAAGUCGCGCGGUUUGCGUCGGCAACCAGUAACAGAGGUACCUCAAAAGCCUCUUGCGUCCAAUAAAAAAAGACUCCACGGAAAUAAAUCCGUAAGUGUCUUAUAACUAGGAUGAAUCGAAAUUCGUGACACUCAUUAAACCGGUAUAAGCGAUGCACCACAUCGUUUUCAUCGCGUGAAAAUCAUCCAUACGGUUUCCGGCAAUUUAUAAUCGAUUUGUUACGUGUUUUUCGUUCGGGAAAUUUAUUUAAAUACUGCAAUGUGUUCACUUCGACUAUAUUAAAGAAGAUAAUACCGAGCUCCUGUCAUUUUUGAAAUCGAAGAUCGAAGAUUUGUAAGUCUGGACUAAAAACUUCAGGAUUUUUGGAAGACAUCCCCGUACACGUUUGGAAGAAAAGUGCAUAAAAGUUCAGCCCCGUUUCAUCCCACUUUCCGGUGGAACUGCUCCCAAGUUGUAACAAUACAAAUUCCUCUUCCCACUUUAAUUGAGGAAAAUGGAGGGGACGCAAAACAUGAGGAAAAAAGAUGCGAAGUGGUGACACAGCUAAGAACAGCUGCAGUAAGAAGUGGACAGUAACGAAAGGACUCGUCGAGCAAGCAUGGUGUUACAAUCAUCGUCCGCGGUGUUAUCGUCACUGUCGUUUCUUUUGCUUACUAUUGGCCCGCCACUUAGCGUUGCACAAUUUGAAGGCGAAUCUUGUACAGUUGAUGAUUCACCAGGAGUUUGCACACAUAUAGAACAAUGUCCACCAGUUCAUCAGGCACUGUUAAGUGGUAUUUACCCUCGUAAGCUGUGUGGGUAUGUAAAGUUCGAGCCCAUCAUUUGCUGUCCAUCAAAUAAACCACGACCAAAACCAAGACCAACAACAACAACUACAACGACAACAACCGCUGCGCCUGUUACAACAUUUGUGAUCGAUAAUAGGAUUAACACAGCAAGAGAAAAAUGUGCGGAAUACUCGAAGGCAGUGUUCGAGUUGGUAGAUCCGCCGACGUUAGCAGCCAAUCGAAAACCCCAAAAUACAUCCGUCUGCGCGAUCACAACUCGCAAGCUUAUUGUUGGUGGAAUGAAAGCUGAGGCACGGGAGUAUCCACACAUGGCAGCUGUUGGGUUCAAUAACGAUGAAGGAGGCAUUACAUGGAGCUGCGGUGGCACUUUGAUUUCAGAAAGAUUUGUCCUAACCGCGGCUCAUUGUACUUAUCAUAGAGAUUUUGGCCAAGCUGCUGUGGUUCGAGUGGGUGAUUUGAAUCUCGUCAGAACAGACGAUGAUGCCAAACCACAGGACAUUCCAAUUAUCAAAAGAAUAAGACACCCAUUAUACAAAAGACCUGCUGAAUACCAUGACAUUGCUCUUCUGCAAUUAAAAACGAAUGUAGUAUUCAACAAGUGGGUAAGACCUUGUUGUUUACCUUAUUCUUUGCCGGAUACUGGGAUAGAUAACAACGCAACCGCUACUGGAUGGGGUCACGUUGAAUGGGCCGGAGACACUUCAAAUGAUCUGUUAAAAGUUACCCUUAAGUUGAUUCCUCAAGAAAAAUGCAACGAUAGCUAUGCAACAAGUCAGGACUAUAAACUUCCAAGAGGUAUUGUAGCUGAUUGGCAGCUUUGCGCUGGUAGUUCUGGAAAAGAUACUUGUCAGGGUGACAGUGGUGGACCAUUAGUUGUACUGAAUAAUGAUUACUACUGUAUGUAUAGUUUGAUCGGUAUCACAAGUACUGGAAAAGAUUGCGGUGGCGCUGCUCCCGGCAUAUAUACUCGUGUUUACAAUUACAUAUCAUGGAUAGAAAGUAUUGUUUGGCCAGAAUCAAUGAUGAUGUUACGAAUAACUAUCAAUGGUAUAUUAUCACUCAUUUCAUCCUUUCUUCUCCACUCAAGUGGUCCAGUAUUCAUUACAGCACAAUUCGAAGGUGAAUCAUGCACAGUUAACAGAUCACCAGGCGUGUGCACGCUUCUGAAACAAUGUGUACCAGUUUAUAACGAUUUGCGAAAUGGAUCUCCUCCGAGUAGUGUGUGCGGAUAUUCCCAUUUUGAUCCUAUUGUAUGUUGUCCUAUCAAUAGACCAACAAUAAUCAGUGACCGAUUAACAACGACCAGUGCUCGACCAACAAGAACGACACCGAAACCCUCUGCAAGUCAAUUAAAUCGUAAUAAGUCAGCUUAUGAUAUAGCUAAUGAAAAAUGCGACGAGUAUGCGGCGGCAUUUAGAAAAGUAAUUAAUGUGUGCCCUACUCCUGACGGUGGACAAGUCCCUUGUUUUCCUGCCGUCGGUGGAACGCUAGCUAUAUCGAGAACAUUUUUGCACAUGGCUGCAGUUGGAUUCGUUUCCAGUACAGGAGAAAUUGCUUGGCUUUGUGGCGGUACUUUAAUUUCUGAAAGAUAUGUUGUAACCGCGGCGCAUUGUACUUUUAGUAGAGAUUUUGGGGAAGCAAUGUGGGUUCGCGUGGGCGAUUUAAAUCUUAAUAGGACAGACGAUGAUGCGCAACCACAGGACAUUCGAAUUGUCGAAAGAAUAAGACACCCUUGGUACAAGAGACCUCCUGAAUACCACGACAUUGCACUUUUGAAAUUAGAAACAAACGUAUCUUACAGCAAGUGGGUAGUACCUGCGUGUUUACCUUAUACUUUUCCGGAUACCGGUAAACAUACUUCAGCAGUCGCUACUGGAUGGGGGCUCCUUGAAUGGGCUGGAGAUCCGUCGAAUGACCUAAUACAAGUCAGCCUUAAGUUGGUACCUCAUGCGGAAUGCAAUGUCACUUUCUUUCAAAAUUCUAAGGACAUUAGACUUCCAUAUGGUAUUGUGAACGAAUGGCAAAUUUGCGCCGGUGAACUUGGAAAAGACACUUGUCAGGGCGACAGUGGUGGUCCGCUGGCUGUCAUAAAUAGCAAAUAUCCCCGUUUGCAUACUUUAGUUGGUAUUACUAGCAUAGGAAGAGAUUGCGGUAGUAUUUCUCCCGGUAUAUAUACCCGUGUUUUUACCUAUAUCCCAUGGAUACAAAGUAUAAUUUGGCCACAAGAAAAUUAAAACCAAAUAAAAGAUAUGUACAAUGAGCUACUAUUUAAGAUACCUGAAUACUAAAAUUAAUGACGUUGCACAUUUAUUGUUAAAUUGAAAAUAAAGUGAGAACAUGUACUAAUAAAGGGUAAACAGAAGGUA